GGGGAAUUUAGUGAACCUACUCCCAGCCGUUUUUUUUUUGCCGUUUCCCUGAAGUUUCUACCAGGAAAAAUUGUAACUUUUAAGUAAAGCGCUGUGAUUAUGAAUACAAAUGUAUAUGGAACGAUUACGGGAGGAGGGAGAAGAAAAUCAAUGAAUUGCCACGAGGGUGUCAGUUGUGAUUCCUGUCUAAGGGGAAAUUUUAGCGGCCGACGCUUUAAAUGUUUAAUAUGCUAUGACUACGACUUAUGCUCGACUUGCUAUGAAGCCGGUGUCACGACUACUCGCCACAACCCAGACCACCCGAUGCAGUGCAUCUUGACGAGAGCCGAUUUUGAUCUGUAUUACGCCGGUGAAGCUUUAGCCAAUUUGGAUCAACCACAGUCUUACACUUGCCCAUAUUGCGGACGUAUGGGAUUUACAGACGCUACUUUGCUGGAACAUGUUACUGCAGAACACGCAGAAACACCUCUAGAAGUGGUUUGUCCGAUCUGUGCGGGAAUGCCCGGAGGAGACCCAAACCUAAUGACUGACGAUUUUGCCGGCCACUUAACGUUAGAACAUCGGACUGGUCCAAGAGAACUAAUCUCCUUCUUGGACGAACCAGUUGCUACACGCGUCCAUAACGUGAGGCGCAUUCCAUCCGGACAUCUUGGUGGCGGCAGUCGCAGUUCACAGUCUGGCCGCCCUCGCAGAUCCAACAUGCACUUCAGCGUUUUUAGCAGUGGCGCUUUGUCAUCAUUAUCACCAUCGACUCGAGACUCUGUGGAUCCGAUUGCAGAAUUACUGUCGCAGUUAUCCGGCGUACGGCGUUCAACAAAUAACGUAAGCAGCAAUAAUAGUAGUACCCCAUCUCAGCUACAACAAUUGCAAAUGCAGUUACAAUUAGAGCGGCAGCAGGUGAAUGUACCAAGGCAGCAACAACCGGAUCGUCUUCCCCGUCCUCGACAAACUGUAAGUCAGAUACUUGCUAGGGAAUCAUCAAAUGCAGAGUCAUCCAGUUCUCAUACCUUGGUAUUGAAACCAGCAGUAACCUUAGCACAAUCAUCGUCCAGUUCUCUAACAUCUACCUCGUCAACCGCAUCAACCUUUCUGUUAUCGGAACUGUUAGAUGAGAAUGCAUCUCAGUCGUCCUGGGAAGAUGAAGGAUCGGAGCGUAAUUUGUUUGUACAACAAAUCGUUUUGUCCACUAUAUCUCUUAGAAGGGAUGAAGUUCCUACACCUAAGCUGCUCGAUUCUGAUGCACCCUUCUCUGACAGUAGUAAUAGUUCAUCCACAUCCGAUUUGACAUAAUCAUCUUAACACCAUGUAUUGCCUCCUGUAAUCCCUUUCGAAAAAUUGCAAAAUGCGCUUUGGUUUGUAACAUACUUCUAUAAUAAAAGAGAGAGUUCGAGCUUGCAAACUCGAA